AUGAAACCUUUCAUUACGGGCCACGAAGAUCUGGUCCAUGAUAUAGCUUACGACUUCUACGGCAGACACGUUGCUACAUGUUCCUCGGAUCAACACAUCAAGGUUUUCAGAUUGGACAGAGAAAGCAAUGAAUGGCAACUCAGCGACUCAUGGAAAGCACACGACAGCUCUGUGGUGAGUUUGGACUGGGCAAGCCCCGAAUACGGAAGAAUUAUAGCGUCGGUCUCGUACGAUAAACUGGUAAGACUGUGGGAAGAAGAACCGGACGCUCCAGAGUGCUCUGGUCGCAGAUGGACGAAAUUAUGCACGUUGAACGACGCUACUGGUCCUCUUUUCAGCGUGAAAUUUGCCCCAGGUCAUUUGGGAUUGAAAUUGGGAGCCCUGGGCAACGAUGGCACUUUGAGAAUAUACGAGGCACUGGAGCCAUCGGACCUGAGAUCUUGGACUUUAACAAGCGAAACUCCUGUUCUUCUUUCUCCGCCUGCAUCGCAUCUACAAUCCGAUUUCUGUUUGACGUGGUGCCCGUCGAGGUUUCUGCCCGAAACCUUGCUGGUGUGCGCUCUGGAUCAAGCUUUGAUCUACCAGAAAGACAAAAACGAGAAACUCUACGUGGCUGCCAAGCUUGAAGGACACGAAGGCCUCAUAAGAUGUGUUAGUUGGGCUUCCUCAAUCGGAAGGUGGUAUCAAUUGAUUGCCACAGGGUGCAAAGACGGAAAGGUUAGAAUUUUCAAAGUGACAGAAAUGCGCAAAGGUGGCGACCCGGAUAGAGACGACGACGAUUCGAUGAGUAUUGACCAGGAAAGCGGUGUAUCAGAGAACAAGGACAAGGGCCUCGGAUUGAACGUGGAGCUGAUUAGCGAGAGCGCUGACCACAGAGGCGAGGUGUGGUCUGUAUCUUGGAAUUUGACAGGAACCAUUCUCAGCUCUGCAGGCGAUGAUGGUAAAGUACGCCUCUGGAAAGCUUCCUACACCAAUGACUUCAAAUGUAUGUCUGUAAUAAGCGCUCAACAGCGCUCUUAG